AUGGACAUGAUCAGUGAGUUGUCUGAUGAUUUGAUCUUAAAGAUAUUGUCAUCACUUCCUUUUAAACAAGUGAGAGCAACACGUUUCUUAUCCAAGCGGUGGCGAAAUCUAUGGAAGUGGGUGCCGAAACUCAACGUUGGUCAUGAAGAUCAUGAAGAUUUAAUAUCUUGGGAAUGGAUUUACAGAUUGGCCAAGAACAAUCCUCAGGUUCUAGAGAGGUUGGAUUUUAAGCUUAUCUCAGAUUCUUCUGGCGAUAGGGUCAGUCCUUGGGUUGCUCAUGCAGUUUCUUGCGGUUUGAGAGAGCUGAGAAUAGAGUUUCUAUAUACUUCUUUGUAUUUGCCGAGUUAUGUAUAUAAAUGUGGAACCCUCAAAACUUUGAUACUUUGCAAACUACAUCUUGAGGAUCUUCCCCCAUGGGCUUGUUUGCCGUCGUCCCUCAAAACUCUUCACCUUUUAUCCGUGAGGUUCUCAUGCGACGAAUCUGUUCAAAGGCUUUUAAGCAUUUGUCCCGUUCUUGAAGAUUUGGUUGUAAGAAGAUCCACUUAUACUAGUGUAGAGAUUUUCACUAUAAGUGUGCCUACUUUGAGGAGUUUGUCUAUCGAUUAUUCAAAGGCGGUAUCUCAACCCGCGGGUGUUCAUGGAUUCGUUGUAAAUGCUCCUUCUUUGAGGUACUUGAACAUUAGAGAUCCUUUUAGUAACCUUUUAACGUUUACAAAUAUGCCGGAGCUUGUCAAGGCGAAUGUCAAAGUUGUUUGUGAUCAACCUAAGAGUCUUAUAGGAUCUCUUACCUCAGUCCGACAUCUUUCUUUGUGCACCAAAAUAUCAAAUAAUCCGUACCAUAGAGACAUUUUCGGCUUAUUUCUUGAACAUUUAGAGCUAUGUACAUGUUCCGCGGAGUGGUUAAAUUUACUUACCCGUAUACUCCAAGACGCACCAAGACUUCGAGUUCUCAAGCUUAAGUCGCUUAUGUGCUUAAUUCUUGUGCUCUAACGCUAACAUGUACAUUGUGCAUCUCAGAUACAUUAUGUCCACUAUAAUGACCUCUGGAACCAACCAAGUUCUGUUCCUAAAUGUUUAUCAUCCCAUCUUGAAAUUUUGGAGUGGAGAGAGUACAAAGGCACAAAGACAGAAAAAAAGUUGGCAAAGUACAUUUUAGGACAAGCAAGACAUCUAAAGAUGGCGACAUUCACCUCAAAAUCUAGAGAGAAACAUCAUAUGUUCAACAAGUUAAAGUCUGUGCCAAUAUGUUCAAAGGCAUGUGAACUUGUGUUUAAGUAA